ACAUCGUUUCUGCUGUGUUUAUUAAUUAACAUGUUAAUUACAUGUGUGUUAAGUACACGUGUGUUGAUCAACAAUGCCGUGAACCGGAACGAUCUGUUUGAUAUACGGUCGCCAUGACAACGGCUUAAACACUGUCAUUUAUUUGCAGAGAUAAAAUUUUUCGUGGAACUUCCUAUUGCCUCAUGGAUUCGAAACUUCUCAACCAAGGAAAAUGGAAUUUAAACAUUGACACUUGUAAUCUGGAAUUUAAAAGAUUUCACAUAACUCCUGAUAUUUCAUUAUCCGCAAUUUUCGAUGCUAUAGAAAAAGCAGACAAAAUAAUGCGAACAAAAGACCAAACUGAGGCAAUGUUAGCUGAUCUGAAAACUUCUUGGGAGCAACAUCCUGGACAACCUGUAUUUAAAAAAUCUUCAUCUUUCCAUAAAUCAACUGAUGUUGUCACACUGCAGCACUUAAAAAGUAUUACUGACCAGACCACUUCUUAUCAUUUUGGUAAGACACCCGAGAGCUUCUACACAAUCUAUCAUUCCCCGCAGUUUGACUUGUUCCUCAUCAACCUGUUGCGAUAUUUCCAUUUCUACUUUGAGAGAGAAGCUUUACGGAAGAAAUAUCAGAGUAAUUAUUUCCCUGUGAAUUCUUAUGAAUCUGAACUGAAGGCAAAUGCUAAGCUAGAAAUUUCUCAGAAUCUCCUUGGACAGACAUACUGCAGCCUAAUAAUGGGCCUGGGAGUUGAAAAUCAACAUCACAUGGAAUGCGGCAGAUCAAGAGUCUCAACAACUCGUAAAGACAGGAUCAAUUUCGAGAGAUUAUAUAUUUUUAGUACCUACUUUCUUGGGAUUAGCUACCGACAGGCAGAACAAGGGAUAAUUAAUAAAGAAAUUAAUCGGUUGAUGAGGUCUGAGAAUUUCAAUUUAACCAUUCAGUUCAUAGAACAAGGAGUAGAAAAUACAUCCCAGUUUUCUAUGAAAGAUGAUGUACCAUAUCUUGAACCUAUGAAAAUAGAAAGAAAAUUGAAAAGACCAGCAAUCAAUGCUCUUAUCAACCAAAGAUCUCCAGCUUUAAUCUCAGUGUUUCCAGAACCUAAACAGAAGUCAGCAUGGCUUUUUGAGAAGAGAAAGAAGGAAACUUGGAGCAGUUAUAACAAUGCUGCUAUUCAUGCCAAAAGGUUUUUUGACGAAGUAAAGGCUUUAGAAAGCAGUCCUGACUUUUUAUGUGAAAGAUAUGGUAUACUUGGAGAACCUCUGAAUAAAUUCACUGCUGGACUGGUUCCAGUUGAAUCAGAAACUGAUCAGGAUGAAGAAACUGAUAAUUCAAGUCAGAGCAAACUAAGAAGUAGUGAAAUAACAGAAUGACCGAGAUUAAAAGAAAGUAGUCUGCUCAAAGAAUAAAGUAAUUACUGAACCAACAUAAACAAUUUUCGUAAGAGGAACACAAGUAGAAAAUUCAAUUAGAAACUAAAAAAUAAAAUGAACACAAAUGAUA